GCCGCAGUAUCCAUCGUAUCCAUGAUCGUAUCCAUCCUUCCUCUGCUUCCUCUCGGGCGGCAAGUUUAGUUUCUUUGGCGUCUUUGGCCGUUUAGUUGGUUUAGUGUGAGAUUGACUCGUUGCAUGGCUGGUUGUUACCGUCUUACGAAAGAUGAAGGAUCAGCCCUCGUUAAAGAAGAACAGCUGAGGCGCAGAAACCUGCGACUUGAAGAGGUGAGGCUCCAGUCUCGGUGCCUCGCUGCUUGUGUUCGGCAACGUGUUGAAAAAAAGAAAGAGGAUGAAAUUAAUCUCUUGAAGAGGAACGUCAGCCCAGGAAUACAUGUCUCAGUUGAGAUGGAGCAGGGAGACCUAGGAUGGCAGUGCAAAUCCCAAACGCAGGACCUGUCCAUAGCUUCGACGUGUGACACAUUGAAGUUGAACCAUACCGCAGACACCGAAAGCAGCACUGUUCCUCAGGAAUGUCCUGUGGAAGCAGGACACAUAAGUAUGAGCGGAGAGCUCCUAAAUGCCGCACCACAGGUGGCCUUGAAACAGGUCGAGAAGACACGUUCAGCAGAACAACACGACCUGCUAUACACUGAUACUAUUGACAACCCACUUGCUUCACCCGCGGCGGUUCCCAGCAGGAAGCCGGGGCCCCGUUUAAUUCAAAAGGUGGAUGCCAACUUUGAUACUCCAAGAUCCACCCCUAUGGCAAAAGCCCUGGCAGAAAUGUCACGGAAGCAGAAAGAGAUCUUUGGAGAUACUUUGUCUCCUGUGCGCACGCCCAAAGCACCCGUUAUGUCACCACUGUCUCGUGCACCUCUGGUACCCCACCACGGGAGCCCAAUCAAGAAAUUGGAGGAUCGGGGAGCGGAUGCUGCUGUGAGAGAACAGCGCCGGAAGAAUGCUUUGAAGUUACUUGAAGAUUUGGAGCAGAUUGACAGGGAGAGCUUCAGAAGAUACUUAGAAUGCAAGGAGAACGUGAAAGUCAAUAUUCCAGUUGAUAAACUUGGUGACCACCUGACAGCGCUGCUGCCUUUGAAAGAUUUUUCCCCAAGAGACAGGACAAAGCCGCAGCCCAGAAACGAAGUAUCUGGGCACAUCAGGUUUAAGAGGGCUGUUGCUCUUUCGUCUCCCCAGGGGCCGCUCUUGAGACACGCCCUCUGCCAUUCGUUGAAGAGGAGCCCCAUGGCACGUGCUCAAAAUACACCACAUCGACGUGAACAGCACUCACCUGGAUGCUAUGGGUCACCAGGAAGACCAACAUCAUUUGGACACAGCGCUGCCUUGGACACUGAGCACGAUGAGCAAACUGUUACCACUGAAGAAUCUGGCAGCUUUGACCUGUCUCGGUUUCAAAAUAUAACUUUACGACGUCCCUGCCAUUCCCGAACACCUUGUGACAUGCUCUCCUUGGAAGUCGACGACAGUCCUGGAGCUGCAACAGAUAUCCAUGACAGUGAUGCAUCUCCGUGCUCAACGAGUUCUGGAAAGAGCUCAAGUGCAACAUCAGCCACAAGUUACCUAAGUCUUCCCGAAGGGUUUGGGUUUGCCCGUGCUGAAGCGCACAUUCAACGUUGCAGACAGGAAUAUGCGGCACAACUCAAACAGUUAACACCUGCGAUGUACUACAGGAUGGUAACCAAAAAGGAAGGAGAUGUCCUCUCGGUAGGACGGACAGACUUGCUUGAAGAUACUCCAGCACAUGAGAGCCCUGUGCACAGUCCUGGGAGUCUUGAUACCGCAUUCAUCGAGACAUCGUCAUGUAGUGGGGUAUCCCCAGUGAGUCAGCUAUCAUCGCCACAUGGCCUGUCACCUACGUAUCAGACAUCACCUGCCUGGCGCUGUGAGCCAGAUGGAUCAUCGCCGUCCCCUGUCAAUACUCCGGGGGAUAUUUCACAAGGCAAAGAAGAAACCGAUAGCUUGCAAUACAUCGACGCAAACUCUGAAGGUGACAGCAGCCCAGGUGCAAAUUUCUGUGCUCAGUCACCAAGGCCGAGACCUCCCUUCCUGGUACGCAUGCUGGCAAAUCAGGAAGUGCUCAUUCCACAUCAGCUCAGCACAAUUGCCGAGAUUGACACAUCUGCAAGCUCUAAAGGGUCAUCAGGAAGCAGCGGCAGGCUAUCAGAGGAGGGGGGAUCUCAUGAAAGAUCAACCUUGACGAAUUCAACAACCCCCAAAGGCUUCCAGACCAUUUUUAUGGGAUUGGAGCAAAACAUAGACGCUGUUGAGGCAGAGCUGCGAGCCAUGCGUAAUUUCUCGCUGUCUCGUAAUGCACUACCGACUAUGCCAUCCCUCACUGAGGAGACCCUCCUCAUGAAUGUAGCACAGCCAACCCUUCUGGCUGCUGACGCUUCCUGUAGAAUGUUGGAGCAGUCCCAUGUCUUUUGUCCAUCCACCACGUCUCCCAUGUCAGACUCUCUCAUAUCUUUCAUGAGACAUGAAGAGAGCAUCGCACAGGCUGAGGAAAUUGAGCGCUUCCUCCAACCAGGCUCAGAAGGCUAAUCUGCCAAAGUUUUCCCACUGCGUUCGCUUUAUGUCUUUUACGUUUUAAUAUCUUUGACGAGUUUUUACAUAUAUUGCUGCUUGAAAUUGAUAAUAAAUAGAAUGCAGUAUUUCUAUACAGAA